AUGGACGAGUCCGCCGUGUCUGAGAGCGCGAGUCAGGCCAUCGUGUCCAACGCGGUGCCAUCCUCUCCACGAUCUUCUCGGGGAGCACAGCACCAAAAGAGCUUGUCUACCUCUCACAACACGAUCAAGACCGGUGGCGAGUUCACGCCAUCCCACAAGGUCUGGUUGCCCACCAAGCCCAGAGCUCUCACUUUGGACGAUUCUGGCCGACUCAUCCUGCCGCCCUUGUCAGGCCAUCAUUCGCCAAGCCGCUUUGGACCUCUUCGUUCCUCUCCUCUCGGUUCCUUUCCCUCGACUCGCCACAAAGCAGAAUUCAGGCACAAUCCUUACUUUGUCUCGACUCCAGCAAGAAGGUCCAGCGAGCAAUUAGCACUUUCCAGUCUUCGUCGCGAUGCGCAUGACGUAGCCCUGUGGUCUUCCGCGCGCAUUCCCCGGACUCCGACGAGCUCGAUCCGGUCUACAUCCGAACAGGACGACUCCGCAGAGGUCGCGAGCUCCAGCUACUUCUCAAGCCGUGCCAGUCUCCUCACUCCUCCUCGGUCGACGUCGGGACAGUAUCUCGACUCUCCAAGCAAGACUGGAACAGCAGACAGCGUGCGCACGUUCGAAGCGAACGCAUCGCACCUGCCUUCGUCCCACCUCGCUCUGCCCGGCAAUGCUCUCGGACUCUUCCUGGAGCCAGCACCCUUCCCAGCCGAGCUGAUGCAAUUCGAUGAUCACGGAGGCUCGACUCCCCGUCGUCUUUCUCUGCGCAGCGAGGCUGACUUCUACCUCGGCCAACAUGGCGGCGGCAGCACCAACUUUCUCGACUCCCCAAAAAAAGGUGGAUCCCGUGUCUUGACCCGCUCGCCCAUGGCCAUGUCCGAAACCUCUUCCAUUACUAUCUCGCCAACGAGCAGCGAUGAUUCGCUGCCUGCCUUCCCUCUUGCUCAUCGGCACAACCUCAACGCCACUAGCAACAACUCCACGCUUGCCCUUCCAGCACUAAAGCACGACGAUCUUGCCAAACCGGCACACGCAUCGCCUGCCAAGACCACGCAGCUGUCGAAGAGUAGCAGCGACAGCUACCUGUACAGCAUGCCAGUCCUCCGUGCCAUGUCGCCCUUUGCCGACAUGACCAGCGACAGCGAGGAGGAGGAAUCCGAGGAGCCUCUUGCGGGUCCUUCCAUGUCGGCACGCACCACCGCCCUUCACCGAGAUACUCCAGAGGGACGGCAUCAGACGGCAGAGUCGGAUGUGCCCCAGGAAGGCCGCACCGGAGAGAUCUUCGCCGAAUUCAAGUCAAUCCUCCCUCUCGCGACCAAAGUAGGUCGCCAUGAUGCCUCCACAAAACUCUUCUGCAAGCUCGACUCGACCUCUCACCACUGCUUCAGCGUUGUCGACGGAAAGUGGGCUUGCUAUCGUCGCAACUACCUCAAGAUCGACGUCUCCUUCCACCUCGAGGACGAGCAAGGUCGACGUCGAGAUGCGCUGCAAGGCGAUGUGAUCUGCGCACCCGCCGGUCGUCCCGCCUUCGUGGUCGAACGCUUUGCUGUGCACAUGACGGCGCACGUCAUCAACGAGGACGGUCGACUACAAAGGGGUCGUCAGGGUCUCGUGCCUCUGAUUCAAUUUGGACCCGCUCGAGAGCGAGGUCCUCGCGAGCCUGUUCAGCCUGUCGAGUUGCGUAGCGGAGGCAGACUGGCGAAAGACGCUUCGGCUAAUGAGCAGGCUGCUGUCAGAACGGGCACCAUCGCCGCGUUUCGCAGGGUGCAGAUCCGCUCGGCGACAAUGAACAACGGUCAGCGCGGUGCGGCUAGUCAGCAAUUCUACGCGCUCAAAUUGACGUUGCUGGCGUACCCGAAGCAGGGGCCGCUCAGUGUUGCUGCUGGAGUCGAAGUGGCGAGUCUGACCAGUCAUCCGAUCACGGUGAGGGGCCGAUCCAAGGUGCACUACGCGCCGGCGGCGGAGGUUGGGAGCAGCAAGAAGAAGAGUGGCGGUACAGGUGCUGUCUCUCGUUCGACGUCGGGGCUGCCUUCGGCCAACACCAACAGGGUCAGGAGUGCUGGCACGUCGAAUCGACCCAACCAGAAGCGCGAUCACGCAACGCACACGGGUUGGACUUCGAGCCACCGACGAAGCACACGCCUGCUCCUCGCUGCCGACAACGCUCCAAACCACGACGUGGACAUGGUGCAGGACGCAGACGACGAAUAUGAGGACAAAGAGGAGGCUCAGGUUGCCUCGCGAUCCGUCAUGGAUAUUCGCAGCAUCAUCUAG